GCCCAUGACGUCAUGUCCACCCGGAAGUACGCCUGCGAGCGGCAGCUGUGGAGGGAGUUUUAAUUUUUCUCAUAUUAGAUAUUUUCGAUAUUGAUUGUCACAUAUGUUGUCACAUAUAUAACCGUGAGUAUUACGUAUUAUGUGGCGCAACAGCUGACGUCAUGUUGUUAAAUUAAGGACUGAUGUGUGAUGGAGUCGACAGGAGAACCUCAUGUCCGUGUGGCUCCAGAACCUCUGCGGGUCGAGCCGGUUCAGGACACAGAACUCAUCUGUCCCGACCUGGACCUGUCUGUCUCUCUCACCCCCGAGCGGACAGCAGACACACACCGCAGACAGGUGCGUUUUAAUGUGAGUCCGCAGUGCAGCGUUCAUCCGGUGAUCCCAGAACCCAGAAACAUUCAAGCCCGGAGACCUCAAAACAAAGACAAGCACGGUCAUGAAUCCGCUAAAGGGAGGGAUCGGGUUACGAGCGGAGUGUGUGAUGGACGGCUGACAGAAGGGGAGGAGCUAAACAUGACUCUGGCACAAGGGGCUGAGCUUCUGGAAGGGGCGGAGCUAAACACCACCCUGGCACUGAGGGCGGAGCUUCAGGAAGUGGCGGAACAGGCGUUCGAUCCCGAGAAAGCCGUUAAAGAGAAGUUACAGAGUUCAACGCUCACGAAGAACCACAUCAGCGCUAAAGCAGCAGAGGGGCUGAACUUCCCUCGCUCUCAGCACCUUUACCGGGCCUUAGUUAGCGUCAGCCUAUCACGCGAUCAGCUCAUCAGCCAGGCUCUACAGGAUAGGCCAGCACUGGCCCCGCCCACCACAAACCAGACCAAUAAGUUCCCGUGUCCGCCACUAGAGGCCCCUGAUGUACUGCAGUUCUUCAGUGCUGACAAGAUGCUCAGAGAGACUCCGCUGUUGCCAGGCAACAACAUCCCUUUGCCCCGCCCACUUCCUGCUCCUAGACCCGCCCACACAACCUUUCACCUACAUCAUCUACACAAAGUCUGGGAAUCAUGAAGUGUGUGUGUGAGUUUGUAUUGUAAGCUUUAUUGUGUAUUAAUGUAUUUUUUAGCCCAUGGUGAAUUAAUUUAAUAGCAAUAAAUAUGUGAUUAUUUAAAGAGA